AUAUGGUGGACUCCCGAAUAAAGUUGAAGAAAGAAAGAGAAAAGAAAUUGAGAAGAAAAAAGAAAAAAAGGUGACCGUAUUCUCCGUCGAUUGUAGCCGCCCGAAGAAAUAUCUUCUCCUCUCUCGUUUAACCACGAAUUUGCUCUGAUAUUAGUGUUUCUCUAGCCAUGGCGAACGCGGCAUCUGGAAUGGCUGUGCAUGAUGAUUGCAAGCUGAGAUUUCUGGAACUGAAGGCUAAAAGGACACACCGUUUCAUAGUUUACAAGAUUGAGGAGAAGCAGAAGCAAGUUGUUGUUGAGAAAGUUGGUCAACCGAUCCAAACUUACGAGGAGUUUGCAGCAUGUCUUCCAGCUGAUGAAUGCCGUUACGCCAUUUACGAUUUUGACUUUGUAACUGCUGAGAAUUGCCAGAAGAGCAAGAUCUUCUUCAUCGCGUGGUGUCCGGAUAUUGCUAAGGUGAGAAGCAAGAUGAUCUACGCGAGCUCCAAGGACAGGUUCAAGAGGGAACUAGAUGGGAUUCAAGUAGAGCUACAGGCAACUGAUCCAACAGAGAUGGAUCUCGAUGUUUUCAGGAGCCGUGCCAACUAAAAAGUAAAAACCAAAGUUUAUUAUCAUCAUCCCCUUGAAAGAUCUAUUCUCUUAUUCUGUUAUUUUUGAGUGAUGGUACUGGUACUUGAUUAUGUUUUUACAUUGUGUUGUGAAGUUAUGAACCUAUAAACAACUUCAUUCUAUCGGUGUUUCGGUCUUGUGUUCGAUGUUGUCUUUGGUUUUAAAAUGGUGUGUAAGGACCCCAAAUCGUCUAUUGAAGAUGAACCCUUUUAGGUAUAUCAUUGAUGAAAUGGAUGAUUAAAAGUUUCUCUCACAUUUGUAUGAAACAACUGUCUAUAGGACAAGAUUGAUCUUCAGUUUUUUUAUUUGGUCCACUGAUUAUGAUUGGAUUGGUCGUUUUGACCAUUCAUUCUUAUGUUUGUUUCCAAAGAAAUUGCUUGUGUUGACCACAUUUGUAUAGCCCCAACAUGAAGUGGUACCAUAUCAUUUAAUAAACACAGA